CCCAGCCCCCCACCCCCACCCCCGACCUAAGCAGCUACCAUGUCUGAGGUCCCCGGCGCGGCGUUGUCCCAGGCGGGUUGGUAUCUUUCAGAUGAAGGCAUUGAAGCUUGUACAAGUUCUCCUGACAAAGUCAAUAUAAAUGACAUCAUCCUGAUUGCUCUCAAUACAGACUUAAGAACAAUUGGCAAGAAAUUCCUCCCCAGUGACAUCAAUGGUGGAAAGGUAGAAAAGCUUGAAGGUCCAUGUGUUUUGCAAAUUCAAAAAAUUCGCAAUGUUUCUGCACCAAAGGACAACGAGGAAUCUCAGGCUGCACCAAGAAUGCUGCGUUUGCAGAUGACUGAUGGUCAUAUAAGUUGCACCGCUGUUGAAUUUAGUUUUAUGUCCAAAAUAAGCCUGAACACACCACCUGGAACUAAAGUGAAGCUCUCAGGCAUCGUGGAUAUAAAAAAUGGAUUCCUGCUCUUGAAUGACUCAAACACCACAGUUCUUGGCGGUGAAGUAGAACACCUUAUUGAGAAGUGGGAGUUACAGAGAAGCUUGUCAAAACACAAUAGAAGUAAUAUUGGAACUGAAGGUGGACCACCUCCUUUUGUGCCUUUUGGACAGAAGUGUACGUCUCAUGUCCAAGUGGAUAGUAGAGAACUUGACCGAAGAAAGACAUUGCAAGUCACAAUGCCUGUCAAACCUACAAAUGACAAUGAUGAAUUUGAAAAACAAAGGACUGCUGCUAUUGCGGAAGUUGCAAAAAGCAAAGAAACCAAGACAUUUGGAGGUGGUGGUGGUGGUGCUAGAAGUAACCUCAACAUGAGUGCUGCUGGGAACCGAACUAGAGAAAUCUUACAAAAAGAAAAGUCAGCCAAACCGGAGGGGAAACAUGAGGGUGUCUACAGAGAACUGGUUGAUGAGAAGGCUCUGAAACACAUAACGGAAAUGGGCUUCAGUAAAGAAGCAUCGAGGCAAGCUCUUAUGGAUAAUGGCAACAACUUAGAAGCAGCGCUGAAUGUACUUCUUAACAGCAAUAAACACAAACCUGUUACAGGUCCACCUCUGAGAGGUAAGGGAAAAGGCAGGGGGAGAAUACGAUCUGAAGAAGAGGAGGAGCUGGGAAAUGCAAGGCCGUCAGCUCCAAGCACAUUAUUUGAUUUCCUGGAGUCUAAAAUGGGGACUUUGAGUGUGGAAGAACCUAAACCACAGCCACAGCAGCUUCAUCAGGGACAACACCGAUUGUCAAAUACUGAGCAAAAUGGAGUCAAAGAUAGUAAUCAACCACGGUAUCUGCCUCGAAAUGAUACCAGACAGCCAAGAAAUGAAAAGCCUCCUCGUUUUCAAAGAGACCCCCAAAAUUCAAAGUCAGUUUUAGAAGGCAGUGGAUUACCUAGAAACAGAGGUUCUGAAAGACCAAGUACUUCUUCAGGAUCCGAAGCAUGGGCUGAAGAGAGAAUCAAGUGUGAUAGACCCUAUUCUAGAUAUGACAGAACUAAAGAUGCUUCCUACCUUUUAAGCUCUCAGCACAAUGAUGGUGCUUUUAAAAAAAGGGAUAACUCUAUGCAAAGCAGAUCAGGAAAAGGUCCGUCCUAUGCAGAGGUAAAAGAAAACCCACUUCCUCAAGAAUCCAUUGACUAUAAUAAUCAAAAACGUGGGAAAAGAGAAAACCAAACAACAAAUCCUGAUCAUUUUUAUGACAGGAAACCACGAACAAUAAAUAACGAAAGUUUCAGUGGUGUAAAAAUUGAAAAACAUUUUAAUGUAAAUACUGAUUUCCAGAAUCCCGUCCGAACUAAUAGUUUCGUUGGUGUUCCAAAUGGAGAGACAGAAAUGCCACUGAAGGGCAGGCGAGUAGGACCUAUUAAGCCAGCAGGACCCAUCACAGCUACACCCUAUGAUGAUAAAGUAUUUUACAAUAGUGGGCCCAAAAGAAGAUCUGGGCCAAUUAAACCAGAAAAAGUACUAGAAUCAUCUAUUCCUAUGGAGUAUGCAAAAUUGUGGAAACCUGGAGAUGAAUGUUUUGCACUUUAUUGGGAAGACAACAAGUUCUACCGAGCAGAAGUUGAAGCUCUCCAUUCUUCUGGCAUGACAGCGGUUGUUAAAUUCAUUGAUUAUGGAAACUAUGAAGAGGUGCUACUAAGCAACAUGAGGCCCAUUCAGACAGAGGCAUGGGGUGGCCAUAACUGAUGAGCACAUUGUCAUUCCUCACUGUAGCUCUUCCAUUCAAAGGUGUUUGCUACUGAGUGAUCAUUUUCUUUCUAGUCAGUGAUUUUUCCUUUCCCCCUUUAAUACCCCUCUUUCUGUUAUCAUUAAUUUUUAAGUCAAUGUAAACUUAGCUGGACAAUAAAUUUCACAGAUGUCACAGUCCAUGUAGUGUUUCUGAGCCAAGCAGUACUUUUCUACUUUCUAACCAUUUGUGAAUACUCAUCUAUUCUCUUUUCUAAUUUUUUUUUUUUUUUUACUUAUUUACUUUAUUUUGCAGUCAACCUAAAAAUCUUUUAUAAGAUGCUUGAAAUAUUUUACAGUGAGAAGCACGAGAGAAUCACUAAAUCUUUUGGAGAUUCUGGUAUUACUUUUCUGCUGUGAUUGUUGAUAUUUUAUGAUUUUGCAUAAGUUAAUAUGACAAAUAAGUUGGAUCAUGAACAUUGUUAUUGGGGAUAAGAUCAUUCUUCAUUCUUUCUCUGCAUGAGUAAUUGACUUAGUUUGUAGAAUCAUCUCCUUGAUAUUCAGAAGCCACUAGCUUAACAUAUCUUCAUCCAUCUCCAUUUUUUAAAAGUACAUAUGUGCAUAUAUACAUAAAAAGGCCCUGAAGAAAAGCUGUUUAUGCGGUUGUCAAUACAUUUAGUGUAGAGUUGGUCUGGAGUUCUCUUGGCCUCUGAGAGUAUUAAUGUUGGGGUCUAUGAGCACUUUUUCUUAUUGUAACUGGAAUUGUGGCAAGUUUUAAAUUAAAGCAAAAUACCCACUAUAUCAAUAAGAGGAUGAUUCUAAUUGGUAAACAUACUAGAAAAAUUAAAGGGCUGCAAAGGUACAGUGUUCAUUCACCCCAUGGAUUGUGUAAUUUUUAAUUUUUAACUCUUGGUCUCUUUUUAAUUGUGAAAUUAUAUUUUAUCUCUUAGAAGGUGUUUGUUUCUUAUUGGUAUAAGAUUUGGGAAAAACCUCCUUUUCCUAAAUGUAGCAGUGGUCAUUCAUUGAAGAUGUUUCUAAUAGUUUGCAGGAAAAACAGCCCAAAAGCCUGCAUAUAAACCAAAAGCUUUUAUAGAAAUCAGUUGCCUGUAUUAUCUAUUAAAGGUGUAAGGAUAAAUCAUUAAAUAAAAAGCAUGAAAUAUUAAGAGACUCAAUGACUAAGUUAAUAGUCUCUCAUAUGGAAAAUUAAAAUAAAAAUCUACCUAUUACUUUAAGGGUUAGUAUUUUUCUCACGAAGUUUAGGAAUUAUUUGCCUUUGCUCUCUACACUAAAUACCUACUUUUCCCUUUCCAUAUGGAUACGUAUUUUUCCUUCCAGAACAUAUUCAGUGAUGAUAUUUCAGAUGAUGAAAAUAUAUGUUCUGAUUAUGAUUAAGUACUUUAUUUCCUCCAAAAUGAUUUAGUAAACUUUUUAAUAAGUCAUCCUUGAUUUUUUUUGUUCUAGCUAGAUUUCACCUGGUUCUUUUAGAUGUCGUUAAAUAUUCUCUCUUAACUUUAGCAUAUUUAUUAUAGUGAACUCUCUAACUAUCACACAUAAUGUGGGGUUCAUAACUUAUUCUUAACUGGAUAAAUGCUCUCGCUUUUUUCCCCCAAUGUUCUUUGAACAUCAUACGAUUUUCCUUGUUUUUCCAAAGUAAGUGAAGCGUUAGGGAGUCUCAUAUUAUUUAUAAAAUUAUAUAGGAAGAAAAGUAUACAUAUAUUAUUUUAUAUUUCUGAUUACUGUAUGAGAAAACAUUAGGGGCGAAGAAAACUGCUGUUUGUGUUUCCUGCAGGCCCUUUCCAAAUUGGUUCCUUUUAACUCUAAAACUAAUACCAGGAAACCAGUAAAAAGAUGCCUCAGGCAAUUUGGAAUUAUUGUAAAAUACCCUGGUGCUGCUGCUCAGACAAACCUUUUGUGUUUUUAGAGUGUGGUUUCUUCUGAAUUGCCUUCCUAAGCCUGUAGAGACACUUGUCAAGUCUUGAUUUUCCAAGUAUUUUUAUGACCUGGAUUCUAUUGAGACUUUUAUAUCCCAAGAAAUGUUUUAGAACUUGCUAGUUUCUAAACUUUCUUUUUAUAAAUUCAUUGUAUUUGCUUCUUAGUAUCAGGAAAUAAUUAUUGUUCAGCUAUUGUUCCAAAUAAAACCAUUAUGAUUACAUAGGUAAUGCUUAGUUCCAAGGCCUUAACAUACACAUCAUCUUGGUCAUUAAUUCUGGACAGAUGGGUUGUUACUGCGUUUUAGAUGAUCAUCCUGUUUUAAAUGUUUUUCUGUAUUCAUAUAUUCAAAAAUAUUCUUUGCAUAUCUAUUAGGUACUACGUAGGCUCUAUUCUAAGUGAAGGAUAUAUGUUAGUGCACAAAGCACACAAAAAUCCCUGCCCACUGCACAAAGUUAGAAGAAAGUUAUAGUUCCACUUAUGUCAGUGAAACUUAAAUAUCUCAUGGGGGUCUUCAUUCUUUCUUCUUGAAGUUUUAAAACAAAAUGCGAGUGGAAAAAAUCUUGUUUACUAAAGUUUUAAUUAAGUAAUGUUUAGGUCUUUAUUUUAUUCCACCGUAGUUUGAAGAUAAAAUUAACGUGGAAGAAAAAAGCAUGACUUAAUGAAUUUUACUUGAUUCAAAAGUUCGUAUCUAUUUAAAAAGUAAAAUUUGUUUUUAGGAGGAUUUGGGUUUUGCUUUUUUAGAUAAUUAUAUAUAUAUAUAUAUAUUUCAGUUUUACUGUACUUUACAAAAGGAACUGUCGAUCUGAACUUUUACUUUUGAAGUACGUUUGCACAAAAUUUUAUAAUGACAUCCUGGAAUGCACAUUUGAAAGUUAUCUUUUCAAAUUCGAAUGACACUCACAAAAAGCUAUAAAUUAUUCUACCACUAAUAAAAAUAUUAAAAAGAAACAUAUUACCAAAAAACCCCUAACCUAUUUAAUGACAGAGAUUGAAAGUUAUGAUACGUAAAUUAAUGAGUUAAAAUGGAUCCUAAAUGUAUUAGAACAAGGUCAUGUUAGUGAUUUUAAUGAUGUAGUGAUAAAGUUAGGCUAUAUCUGGGUUGUGUUUGAUAUUAAAAGAUCAUAAUAGAUAUUAAAGAGGACAAUUGUUACCGAAAUCAUUAACUUCAAAGGAAUAUUAGAAUUAUGUAACAGUGAAGUUCUGCCAAUUAGUAGCCAAUAAUAAAAAGUACAAGCACAUAUUUGAUCAUAGUCCAAAGGUUUUUCAUUUUUGCUGAUAAAUUCUUAAAUAAAUUAGUGGGUAUAAUUUACCACACUUAAAUUUCUGCAUUAAAAGCAUAAGUUGAUUAAGGUCACUAAAAUACUGAAAUACAUUUUCUUCCACCAUACAUAUUUCGGGAAACUUUCCUUUCAAACAUUGUCCUACAGGCCAUGCCCAUUUUGUUUUGUCUUGUUUUGUUGCAGUAUAAACAGAGUUAGAAUGAAACUGUACUGAUAGCUUAGCCCAAUUUAAGAACAUAUGGGUGAUGGAAUUUGGGGAUUCCAUGCAGUGUCUUCAAGCUUUGAUUUCAUAAAGUUUGGUUGUACUUGAUAUUCUUUAUUUCUUCAUCAAUUGCUCAGCCUUUCACAAUUCCCACCAGAGGUUGUGGAUUACACAGAAGGACUUUACUGGAGAUAUGAAAGCUGCUGAUGAAGAGGGAGAGAUUAUUCAUUCAUAAAUGCGUACCAUAUACAUAGAGAUGUCAACUUCAUACUGUUGCUAUCUACCCCCUGAAGCCCAAAUUUUGUUUGUGAUAGCCAAACCUAACAGUUGAUUAUGAAAAUGUUGACAUCUACGUUUGACCCUGCUAUAUUAUUUAACAGAGACAUUUUAUUUCACCAUUUAAAUUAAUCCUAAGAGAAUAAUAAACUAGAUAAUAAUUUUAAAAACCUAUACAAAAAGUACUGUUUGAAUUUUGCUAUUUGAUAACUUCGUAUAUUGUAAUCUACCCAAAGGAGCUAUAUAUAAAGACAUGUUUAAAACGUUUCUGGGUAAUCUGAGGUUUUCUUUAUUGAGCACUGAAUGUACAGGUUAUUUGCUUAUGUCAUGUUCCUUUUUUCUGAAGGUGAAAUAACUUCCAAAGUGAAAUAACAUGGCAGGGUAUUACCCAAGAUGUGCCGUCUUUUUAAAAUUAUUAUAGUCAUACUAGUCAGUUUGUUUCUAACUUUAACUAUAAUUCAUAAGACAAUUUGAGCCUUACAUUAUUUGGUUAUCAAUAUUAAGAAUCAAGCUAGCAUAACUGUUUGAAAAAUCCACAGCAAUUAUUUUUGCAUAAAUGAAUACCAGCAGAUAUGAUGUUAAUUUUUAUCCUCUAAGUCUCACCUUUAUUUAUAGCAACCUAAAGUGUGGUGCCCUGAAUUAUGAUGUUUGUUAGUUAAAGUUAAAAUAUGUUGCUUUUAGAUUUAUGCCAAAUAUCCUCUGAUUUACAUUUCCCUUCAAAGUAGUCUUUAAGGAAGCAUCAUGGGGGAGAGCUGCAGCCAAAGGGUGCUGGGAUUGUCAGGUGAACUGAUUUUUUCCUUUGGCGUUUUUGAUUUAGUAGGCUCAAGCCUUGUUCUCUUCGAAGUGUAAAUUUUUGUUUUUUCGUUUAUUUUACAUACCAGGGCUUUUAAAAUUGCCGUUUCAAACUGCACUGAAUUUUACCAUUCCUUUGCAUAUAAUACAAAAGACUUGCUAAUAUACUUAUUGCACAGAAAAUAAAAUAGUAAAAUAAAUGAAUCUGAGGAAUA